AAAUUGAAAUGAUGUACACCAGUUCACUGUGUUUAAGGCGGAGAAGAUGCCAGCUCUUGAUAUAACCAGGAAAUAAUUACACCGUUGAAGAGAUACUCAGAACUCAGACAAGACCACAAUGGCGUGGCUGGAAGUAUUUAUUUUCUGUGUGAUGUAUAGCCGGGGGACGGAGGCCUGUUCUGACCAGUGUAGCUGUAGUAGAUCGUCUUACUGUAGUGGGACUUACGUAAAUUGUGUGAAUAGAGGAUUGACUAGAGUACCGAUCAGUAUCCCCGAGGACACCUGUGAACUAAACUUGAGCAGCAAUAACAUAACAAUGGUAGAACAGGAAAGUUUUCAGGGACUGGCGAACUUAUACUAUCUAUUCCUGUACAACAACAAGAUAACAAUGGUAGAAAAGCGAAGUUUUGAGGGAUUGGUGAACUUGCAAGAACUGUACUUGAGCGAUAAUGAAAUAACAAUAGUAGAAAAAGGAAGUUUUAAGGGAUUGACGAACUUAAAAAAUCUAAUCUUGACCAGGAAUGAAAUAACAAUGGUAGAACAAGGAAGUUUUGAGGGACUGGCGAAUUUGCAACAUUUAGAUCUGGAAGAUAAUUUACUGCAGAGUGUAAAGAAAGAUCUGAUGGAACAAUUGCCAAAACUGAAACGUCUUGCAUUGGAAAGAAAUCCUCUUCAAUGCGGUUGUCAAUUAGUCGCGUUUCUCACUGUUGCAAAAACAAGGAGUUUGAAGUUAAAGUUUGAGAACGAUGUUGAACCCAGCUGUCACACACCACGUAAACUGAACGGAACACUGCUGAAGGCCCUAAAACUUCGAAAAAUGACAAGGAAUUGUAAGUUGACCUCCACAGCAGUACUUCCUGUAGCAGUAAGCACUGGUGCGGUCUCCAGAACAAUCGCUCUUACUGAUUCCACCACAGACGUUUUCGAUGUUCAAGACCAAGUAAAAGAUUUCACAGAAGCAACGAUUUAUCGUGACGAUUUUGAUGAUCAGGUCUCCCAACAGUCUCCUAGCAUUUCCAUGGGUACCAAUUGGGCUCGUUUGUUAGAUGAAAGGUUUUUGUUAAAUGGAACAAAAUCGAAAGAUUCCACUUAAGAGGCCAAGGGUUUUGGAAGAGGUUCCAUAUCAAUUUAAAGAAAACCAGGAAUUAAAUUUCAAAAUUGUUAAGACCAGGUGAUUAACUGUUCGCCAUACACGGGUGAGAUAUAAUCCAAGGCUUGGAAUUAUACUUAAAUGGAUGAAUGAUGUUGCAAUUUUAAUGCAUACAUUAACAUACGACGAUAUUCUUAUCCCGUCACACGAACUACAUGAACUUAUUCAAAUCCUCUGCUGGACGAUUUUAAGGUGAUUUUCAAAUCACUGGUAAAGAUAGAUUAUAUUGAUUGAACAAAUUUUCAGUGAGAUAAGUACGUUUGAACAUGUAAAUCUAAAUCUAAUUUAACAUUUCUGUUACGUAGUGCUUAUUUUGUUAUGAAAAUUGAGAGAAAAAAGUCUAAUCAUUUGCAUAUAUUUGCAGAUUAAAAUUUUCUUGCCUUGAAACUUCA